CUUCCAGCGCGGCGCCCAGCAGUCCAGGCCCGGAGUCUAACAAACAUCUUUAAACUUGUUCCAAAAUGUCGAUAUGGAGACGAAAUGGAGGCCGGACCGAGGCUCAGUCGGUCUGUAAAGAUGUCAAGCUGCCCCUGUGAUUCAGCCGCUGUGACCGGCGUUCAGGGCUGCUGAAUACUAAAAUAGACCGCGGGCCAACACAAGAGCUCUUCUCAGGAAACACAGGCCCAGUCAGAGCUUCCACAGCUCCUCAUCACCGCAGCCCUUUUGGGGUUGCUAUGGCAGCUGCUGUCACAGAAAGCAAGUGCUGGACACAGCAUGCCCCAGUAAGGCAGGACAGAGCACUAGUCAUUGCCACAAGAGACCAUCAAACAGUCAACAAGCGGCACUUAGCAGUAAUUCUAGCACUCCAAGUUAACAAAACGACCAGAGGUCUUGUAGGCUGAUGCUGAGCUCUCUGGAGGAUCCUCAUGAGUCUUGUCUGUGUGUUCUCCGGCUCUUGGCCAGAGUCCCUGUGCAGCAGCAGAGCCACUACUGUUUCUCCUGUUAGACCAUGUUUCACCAGCAGGACCAUCUAAAGAGCCAGCUGCAGGACAGCCCCCCCGCCAGCAGGCAGCUCUUCCACUGCCACGAGUGUGGAAAGCAGUACAACACCCAGCUGGGUUAUAGACGCCACCUGGUGGCAGCCCACAGUGCUGCAGCGGGCCUGCCCUGUCCAGAGGGGGCGCCGUCCCUGCUGGAGCACCUGAGCAGCCAUAUUGACAGGCCUCCGCCAUCCGAGGCUAGCGCUACCGUGCCAGUGCGGGAGAGGAAGUACUCGUGCGAGCGAUGCGACCGCCGCUUUUACACUCGUAAGGAUGUACGGCGUCACGCCGUGGUGCACACUGGGCGCCGUGACUUCCUGUGCCCGCGCUGUGCACAGCGCUUUGGCCGCAGAGACCACCUGACCCGCCAUUUGAAGAAGAGCCAUGCCCAGGAGUCAGGGUUGAUGCCACCCUGUGCACCCAGCACUCCUGUGGCCACACCGAGCCCUGCCCCCCCCCAGGGCUCGGUGAAGGAGGAGCCCAGCCCCGUGGCCUGUGAUAUGGGCUCUGUCUCCAAGGAGCCCAUGGAGACUUUCUCCAGGGACAUGUACAACUCCUACCCCAUGGCCAACGCUGUCCCCGGGAUGGGCCACCCUCAUGGCCUCAUGCAGGGCUCCUUGUCCUCGAGUAUGGGUGUGGCUCGCCACAUGCCCCCCCAAUCUUCUCACCCCCACCACCAUCACCUGCAGCCCCCAGUGGCUCCGCAGCAGCAGCCCUACAGCAACAUGGCCAGGUACCAACACGGAUCUACCUCAUAUCCUCGUGCCGACGUGGACAGUUUCCUGCUGGACCUGCAGAGUGCCCCCCCACCUCACCUGGGUGCAGUCAACUCCUCUACCUCUACUUCCGCCUCCCCUCAGAGGGAGGUGCCGGGUGAAGGCUUGUGUGCUGGCAGCGACCCCCACCUGCUGUCCAGGAGCCCCGCCAUCACCUCCACCGAGCUGUCCUGCACCACUAACAUGGACCUCGGGCCCCUGCUGGGCUUCUUGCCUUUCAGCCUGCCGCCCUACAGCCCCCACAUGGGGAUGGGAGGGUUGGUGAUGAGCUAUCCCCCCGCCACCACCACCACCUCCCCCUCAUCCUCUUCCACUGGGCUGUCCUCCCAGGCUCCGGGGCCUUUCACCUUCUUCCAGCCUCCCCAGGCUCAUGUACCACAGGGCCCUGGAGCCCAUAACCACAGCCAGCUACCUCAGGCAUACAGCAGUCCUGCUAUGAGCACUUCCAGCUCCCUACCUCACUACUACCAGGCCUUUCAGCAGUAAGCAGCUCUGGCUCCACAAAAGUUGCCUUCACACGUGCUCACACUUUUUUCACGAAAAGGCUAAGACAUGAAACUGGCAUCUUUUAUUGUAAAACAAAUAUGUAACUUUAGCCUGUCAGUGCUAAUGAAGCUAAUCUUACUUUUUUUUUUUUUUUUUUU